GCUGAAAAUCAUUUUACUAAGAUGCAAUUAUUGUGGUUCUCAGUCACCGUGGGAGCAGUGGCAGCAGCAUCCUGGUGCUAUGGCUUUACGAUACCGUUGUUGCAUUUCUUGAUGUACUUGACGUUUAUUGUGGGAGGAGUUAUUUACUCAGCAGAAUGGGCCCUUCUAAGAGGGGAUUUCUGCCGAGCACCCAAAAUUAAGCAUGACUACAACAUCGCCAGCAAGGUGCUGGAGAGUAUAAUGAAGAGAAAAGACGUGAAGCCUCGGGUCUCAAGAAAAACCAUUAUUUCCAGAAGUUUGGAUAACUCACUGCAGGAGGUUUUGGAGUACAUAUGGAGAGACUUUAUCUUCAAGUGGUACACGGAACUCAGUAAAGACCAGCAAACUCUUAUGGAUUCAGCUAUUGGAGAAAUGUGGCAGUUGAUAGAUAACAUCAGUUGUCGUUUGGCUGGGAUAGAUGUAGUCACUUUUGUAACACAAGAUGUUAUGGAUAUACUUCAUGAUCACUUCAGGAACAUACGCCUUGCCCAACAAAGGGAUGAAGAAAGUAGUGAGAUAAGUAGCUUCCAACUUCAUCCUUGGCUUCGGGAUGAAGAGAGCGAAGAAGAAUGCCUUCGCCAAAUUUGUGAAGCAGCCCUUCUGUUGUUACUGCCUUCUUCAUACUCUAGGUCAGACCACCUUCGACAUCUACUUCGUGAAGUUAUCACCACCUCAGUACUCAAGGUGACUGUGGAUAUGUUGUGUGAUCCGGACUAUAUCAAUGAGAAAAUCUUGGGGUAUAUCACUCACCAGGAGAAGCUUAUGGCUGACACCAAGCGUACAUACACUUAUGCUCCUUCAUAUGAGGACUUUGUGAAGAUGAUCAAUGAUUCUGAUAGCACUGAAGAGCUGCAGCAGAUGAGGUAUAAAAUCAUAUCAGAAAUUAUGCAGGCCACAACCAUAAAUAAUUUGAAGAAGGCACAGGGAAUUAAUGCAGAUCGAGAGAGCUCGCCAAAAAAUACAGCAAAAGGAGAACUACUGAAGGCUCGAAACUUGAAACGUUAUAUCAAUCAGCUAACAGUAGCCAAACAGCUGGCUGAGAAAAGGAUACAGAUGCUGGGCAGAAGAGGAAGUGAGUCACUGUCACCUGAUGUGGUCACCAAGGACAUUACUCUGCCUGGGCAAAAGGUCUUAUCCUUUCAUGUUAUCAUGGAGAAACCAAAAGCUAGAGAAUAUUUCCUUCAUUUUCUUGAAAAAGAUGGCAGCGACAUUUUGUUAAGAUUUUGGAAUGAUGUUGAAGCUUUCCAGUCAGCCAGUAAGGAGCUGCAGUACCACCUAGCUAAUGAAGUGUUCCAGCAGUAUCUGACCACUAACCCCAGUAGCCUUCCACUGAACAAGGCCACGCUUAAGGGCAUAGAGAAAUUUCUGCGAGGUGAUGGGGGACCAGAAGCAUUUCAUGAUGCCCAGCAGCAAGUGAGCACUGUGUUGGAGCAGCAGCACUACCACACAUUUCUUGUUAGUGAUGUAUAUCAUCAGUACAUCUCUCUUGAUGAAGAUGAGGAGGAAGAUCUCGACAAUCUGUCAGUUGUGUCCAGCGAGUUGUUUUUAGAUUCACCACACGACAAAACAGAUGUUAGUGAUGAUGAAGAAAUGCUUGCUGAUCAGUCUUACCAUGCUCGACAACUUUUGCGCCAGCUGGAUGCGAAAAUAACCAACAAGCUUCAAGCUUUGCAAGCUCUCCUGAAGUCACAGAAGCUAGAUAGAGACAAGGUAAAAAAGAUGGGUGAUGACAUGGAAGAAGAACUAAAAGUCAUGCGGACAGAACGUCGGGCACUUGAAGUGCACAUUGAGCGCACUAAGACAUGGACUGAGAAUGUAGGCAACUGGCAGGUGGUCAUUGUUGAUGGCACAGUGGAAGUGGAGGAUGACCGUAGAGUACCACACUUUGCAGUGUUGGUCAGACUGAAGUGCCGGGAAGAGAGAGGACAAGACGAAGGUCAGGCAGGUGAAAGAGAGAACACCAGUGGCACUUCACCGCCAAGUGACCGAUUUGGGCUUGGUAAAGUGGACUCUGCUCAUGGAUGGGCAGUGUCACGAACACUGGAUGACAUUUUUGCAUUGCACGAGAAACUUGUGCAGAUUGCCCCAUGGCUACAGAAGAAGGACCUGCCCUCACAGGGGAAAGGUUUGUUCAGGUCAUUGGAUGCAGCAUACAUGGAAAAGGCUAAGACAGCAUUAAAUGACUAUUUUUCAGCAGUGAUGCAAGAUGAUCGUCUGAUUCACAGUGAAGUGCUGUAUUCCUUCUUGGCACCAUCUCCUGAAUUUCUGCACCAGCCUUUCCUCAUGCGGCGCAAUAAGACAUCAAUGUCCCUUCUAAAGCGCACCUUACGAGGUGAUGUCCAGGAUGACGAUGAUUUCCUGUUUGGUGAUGAGAGUGCAAGAGAUGAAAGAGCCCAUGAUUCUAUUGCCAAGCCUUUGUACCGUCUGCUGGGAGAAGUGUUUGAGCUUCAUGGCAUGUUUAGAUGGCUGCGUCGGAGUUUCAUGACCUUCGUGGAACUAACUUUUGGAAGCAACAUCAACAGACAGCUUCGAGAGAUGGUGAAGUGGACGUACUCGGAGCCAAUGCUUUUAUUUUACAUUCGCACUUUUAAGGAUUCAAUGUGGCCAGGUGGAGUUCUAGCUGAGUCACUUCCUCCAAAGACUGAGGCCCAAAAAUUUGAAACACGAAUGGCUGCUAAAAACAAACUGCUGCAAAAUAUUCCUGAUGCUCUUAGGAACCUUGUUGGCGAGGAUAACGGGCGACGAGGUACUGUAAAAGUGUUUGAAGUCCUGCAGAACAAGGCUCUUAAUAAACAUCUGUUCUAUAAUUUGUUGGAGAUAUUUAUGCUGGAGCUUUGUGCUGAACUAAAGACUGUCCAUAAAUCACUGGUUGAAUCACUUCAGCUUCAGUCAGUUCCUCAACCAACAAACUGAAUAGUGAAGAAUAUAAACUAUGUCAGAACAAGAUGUACAAAAGUGAAAAACUAGGAUUGCUGGAUCCUGUAUGGUGCCUCCCAGUUUUGGAAAUCAUGGUUCAGACUUCAUGAUAUCUUUUAACAAAUGUAUAUGGUGAUAAUAUCCGCUGCAGUAAGAGAUGGAAACGAUCUGCCAACAGUUUCCUUAGAAGUUUUGGAGUAUUCAUUCAUUGAUAAGAAAACUUCAACACACUGACAUCAAAUGAAGGUCAUCAAGAUGUCUGUGUGACAUACACUGACCCUUUCUGAAAUAUUCUAGUACAUAAAAGAAAAUUCUGCAUUCAUAUAACAAUUUUUAGGAUAAAUUUAAAAUGUAUUCACAUAAAUGUUGUUGUGGUAUAAUUUGUUAAAAUUGUUCCUGUUACACACCAGUAUGUGCAAUAUUUGUCUAACAUGAAAUGUGCUUUGCAAUUAUUUUCUAAAUGUCAUACAUUUGUUUCACUUGUGAUUGUUGUGUAC